UACAAUCAAAGCAACCAUAGAGUAACCUUAAAAAACUCACAUGCACACCAGUAAAAUGUUAACAAAAACUUCAUUGGGUAUCGCUGCCGCGGCAGGAGCAGGUCUUUUUCUUGGUUACUGUAUAUAUUUCGACAGAAGGCGACGAAAUGAUCCAGAUUUCAGGAGAAAACUAAAAGAGAGACGUAAAAAAGCAUCAAAACAGUCCUCAAAUACUUCCAAUACAAAGUUCCCAGAUCCACUCAAUGAGUCAGCAUGCCAACAGUAUUUCAUGCAGGAAAUCAAUUUGGGUGAAAUUCUUCUUUCCAAUGGCCAGCUUAAUGAGGGUGUUGAGCACCUUGCUAAUGCGGUGGCCGUGUGUGGUCAGCCAGCCCAUCUGAUGCAGGUGUUCAGACAGACUCUCCCACCCGAGGUUGUUCAGUCACUAGAAACACGAAUACCCAUUGUCAAGCAGGUAUGGGACGAGAUAUGUUCCAAGGCAGGAAAGCGGUUGCUACAAGAAAGAGCAGAGGUAACAAAGAAACCCGAACUCUCAGCCCAGCUAGCUGAGGAUGAUGUCGAGUAGAUAGAUCCACUGACCAGGUCUUACUUGGCUGUUCAACAAAACUGAACAAUUUUAACUGACAACCUAUAUCGAUGAGUGGACAUUUUGCCAUCUGUGCUUUCACAGCAGCUAGUUUUCAGACAAUAAAGUUCAGGUUCAAAGUUCUUUGGCUAAAUGGCACCUAAAUGCCUAUGGCUGUUAGUCAUGGGGACGACGUAAUAUAGACAUAUAUAUAACACAAACAGUACACUGCCAUGUUAUAAGAGUGAAAAACAUAUAGUAAGUAUUCAAACAACAGUAAAAAAUCCUGGGUAGAGUAUCUUUGUUAUGAAGUGAAAUGGGUAUAAAACUGUAAAAUUCUAGAUAUAUUCAGUGUUACUGUGUUGAUGCAUAGUUUUAUGACAUUGGGUUUUUUUCAGUCUUUUUACAAAUAUUUUAGCAUUUUGUUUUGUAUUACAGCAUUGGUAAAUGUCGCAAUGUUCAAGUAUUGUUUGAGUAAAGUAAAAGUAAUUUUUAAAAUAAAGUUGAUAUUUAGUUUUAACUUGGGCAAGAAGUGGUUCACUUCUGAAUAAUGGUUCUCAUGUUGUACCUAUGUAUAUAUUGAAUUUAUGAUUGAAUAAAGAUUUGUUUAUGUA